GUUAGUACCCACAGCCUCCUCCUCCUGUUCCAUCAUGGCUCCCGCAGCACAAGGAUACUGGGGGCAUACGACCUCAACGAUAGACUGGUGUGAAGAAAACUAUGUCGUCUCUUUUUACAUCGCUGAGUUUUGGAACACUAUCAGUAACCUGAUUAUGAUUCUUCCUCCCAUCUACGGAGCCAUCCAGACAUUUCGUGAUGGCCUCGAGUUUCGCUACAUCUGCUCUUUCCUUGGACUGGCAGUUGUUGGUGUUGGUUCCUGGUGCUUCCACAUGACAUUGCUGUAUAAGAUGCAGUUAAUGGACGAGUUACCAAUGAUUUACAGCACAUGUGUGUUUCUCUAUUGUCUAAUUGAAUGCUUCAAACAAGAGAACAAAAUUGGAUUAUUUCCUAUUUUGUUACUUAUAAUCUUCAGUGUCUCUGUCACUGUGGUAUAUCUACAGUUGAAGGAGCCGAUCUUUCACCAGGUCAUGUAUGGUAUUCUAGUAGCAUGCCUCGUGAUGCGAUCUAUCUAUAUUGUUACAUGGGUGUAUCCAUGGCUCAGACCGCUGUGUUACACCUCAUUAGGAAUCUUCCUGUUAGGGUUCGUCCUGUGGAACAUGGACAACUUCUACUGUGGCACACUGAGAUAUGCCAGACAUAACCUUCCUCCUGUAAUUGGAGCAGUCACACAGUUCCACGCCUGGUGGCACAUAUUCACAGGACUUGGGUCCUACCUGCACAUACUUCUCAGCAUGCAGAUCAGGACAACCUACCUCAAGUACAGACCAAAAGUGAAGUUUGUCUGUGGAGUGUGGCCCACGUUGCACAUUGAAACACAGAAGACGAGCUGAAAAAAAGGGACAAGGACCAACUCCAUGAUGGUGACUGCUGCAACGUCUGGACACCAUCAGCACAGGGACCUCUAAUGCCCCCUGUUGGAAACUCAGCACACAGCAAGGGGGCAGGUGGACCCCAGGGCACCACCCCGGGGACCCUUCAGUUCUGCACUGUGGGGAUUUACGAAGUACAGUAUAGCGCCGGUUCCGGUUUUAAGAAAUGGAAGAGUUUUUUUCUUUAAUCAUAAUUUAUUAGAGUAGCUUUUUGGAGUGUAAUCAUUUUAACUGCUCAGUGAUUUCAAUGCAAGUAUGCGGUGUAGUCAGAUGCAGAGACGCUGACGGGGUUAUGGAUGUGAUCUUAUUAUUAGUGAUUUGGGGAAAAUUAAGAAUCAGAAUUCACAUUGAGGUAAUUACUGCUGUAUUUUUGAUUCUGCAGAUAUUUGAAGAUAUUGAAAUAGAUCCUAAACUAAAGCAUAACCAAGACAUUAGCUUGUGUGUAGUUGACAUGUAGCUAAGGGAGCUCUACUUACAACACAGUGUUGUCUAAUCCCCUUUCAGGGAGUAUUGUUUAGUUUUUUUGAUGUGCUCACUACAUGUGGGAGUGUAGCCUCCAGCUAGAAGUGAAAGUUAUACUGUUCAUCUCAUACGUCUUCAUUUGCUCUGCCAGAGGCUUCAUUUUUACUUGAAAACAUGCCAAGACUGGAAUUUUGUCUUCUUUUCUUUUUUUUUCUUUGCCAAAGUUGUUCUGGGAGUUGAAUUAGUCAUGUUUGUGUGGGAUUUGUUAAUCUUUGAACUUGUUAUAAUCAAAAAAGGGAUGUGAUGCUGAUGUGUUUUCUACAAAGCCUCAUUAAUUUGAUUUAGGACAGGGUUGAAAUAGUCCCAGUUACACAGAGCGAGUUGAACCACUUUCUACAUCUCAAGUUUCUGUGGACAGAGAAACACAAUCACAGUCUUUAAAAUGAUACUGCACUCACAUGUGUGCCCCAGCCCACAGGGGGCUAGUGUCUGGUUGUAUCAGAAACACAAUGAACCUCCUUCAGGGUGUGUUAUGUUUAAAAAGAAAAGCUAUGUUCAGAUUAGAACAACAUGGAGUGGGUGUCAUUAGACAUAAAUAAAGCAAACAGGCAGAGAUUUGUCAGCUUAACUUGCCUGAAGUCUAUUUCAUGCCAUUUUUAGUGACCAGUGCAUUGUAAGCAGCCUGUUUGCAGGGACGUUUGAACUAAAAUGCUUGUUUAUGAGUAGAACUAAAAAAAAAAGAUACUGUGAGGGAGGGUGUUCUCAAUGAUAUAUUUAGUAAGGAUUUAUGUGAUACCUGCUUUAUUAAUGAUGCAUUGCAUACCUUUAACCUCGGCUUUCACAGCCCACCUACAAAGACAAUCUGUUUCCCAUAGAUUUUUAAUUUGUUAUUUUAAAUAUCAUCAGCAAAUCAGGCUUAUUUAUUCUCUUGGUCCCUUGAGUAAUGAUUAGAAAAUGGAUCAUUGCAUAAAUAAAGUUAGUUCUGGCUAAGCCUUUACCUCCUGCUUUAUAGCCCUAAAUCUGACUGAACUUCUAAUGUAGAAGCACACUUGCGCCUUGUUAACUAGUUUUUCAACUAUGCAUAUUAUGAGCAUAUUGGCUUUUUAUUAGUGAUAUUAAAGCAUUUACAAAUGCCUUUCUCUGACAAGUCUAAAUAUUCUUGCAUAAAAAGAAUAAUCACUCAAACUAGCUAAAAGGCUGGUUGUUCAAAAGCUGUUAUUGAAAUUGGAUUGUAAAAAAAAUGCUUUUUUUUCUGAAAAAAAAUGCAAUCAUCCUGAAAUGCAUCAGACGGCUGGAUUCAUACUGGAUUAAUUUUCAAAGACAUGAUUUAGAAUAUGUUAUACUCUUUAAUGCUUUCUUGCUUCAGUGAGCGUAAGAAAAGAUAAACCAGGGAUUUAAACAAAUACAGGGUUUGUUCCUGAAAAAUAUUUCACAAAACAGCAUCAAUACCAAACCUUAGAUUUUUAAUCAUUUUGAAGCAGUUAUGAGGAUCAUGAUGUUGUGAUUUUAGUUUGUUUGAGUUUGGCACCCCCUGGUGGAAAGAGUAUGAACUGUGAAGUCUCUGUUAAAGCUCUGGUAAUCCACAAAAGUCUGUACCUGGAUCAGGUUGAUCCUACUGGGUUUGUCCUUUGACCUGGGACCGGGAAGCUGAUCAUGUAGAUGAAAAGUGGAUUUAUAAAUUAGAAUCAUUGUAAUCAGGAUAACACAUUUGAACAACCAGGCCUGGGUAUUUAAAGUGAGAAAAUCCAUCUGAAUGUAGAUGUAUGUCUAUAGGGCUAUCUUUCAACUGUCAUUUAUUAGUAUAUUUAUAGUUUCAUUCCAAACAAGUUCCCUGUUUGAGUCCUAACACCAACUUUAUCCAUAGUUUGAAAUAAUCCCGUCCUUUAGUGAUGAGUUUAACACUGUGGAAAUCUACUUAUCUUCUCUAUUAGAGGUUCAGAAACAAACACCCUUUUCACAGAGCAGGGACAGUGCUCUACCUUCUUAACACUAAGACUCUUACAUUGAUUCUUUGUGUCCAAGUCUGUUAGUUCACAUUGUGUUACGCUGUUGUUAAAGCAUUAGAGAGUAUGGCAGUGUGGAGAGCUGCACACACUGCCAGAUAUGCACACAACACUGCUUUCCUAUCUAAUAACUCCAGAUCUUUAAAUUCAGAAACAUAUUUAUCAAACAUGCUGCCUAACCACUUACUAUUUUCAUGUAAGAUUAUGCAGCUUCCUUACAUCCAUUUAAUCCCCAACUGGCUCAGUUUUUUUUUUUGUUGGUUUUUUUGUUGUUGUUGUUGUUGUUUACGCGACAGUAUAUCAUUACUGCUGUUAUCCAGUUGUGCCAAACUUCAGCAGUGGUGGUAUCAAGAACAACAUCUCAACCUCAGGUAGUUAUACAACAGUUAAACAAGCAGGAAAUAAUGAAAAUUUAAAAAUGUACAUACUAUGUAUAUUAUAUUUCAGCUCCUUCCAUAUUGACCCUUUGUUCACUCUCUGGCUGGCCUAGCAACCCACCAAUCAGAGAGCCUUCUCUUACUGCUGUCAAACCUGCCUCCAUGGUUACAGUUGCUAGGACAGACACACUCUCCAUCAGCUGGGAUCUCUGCUACUACUAAAGUUAGUCAAACAGCUGGGUAUUAUAGGGACUGUAAAAACAGAAUUUUAGAAUUUUAUGUGAAUUUAUUGAAAAUAAAAAAUACUGCAAAGAUCAAGAGAAACUGGAGGAACUUUAGCUAAAUUUCCAGUGUUUUUGCAGAGUGUCUUGAUGCAGUAUUUCAGAUUAAUUUUGUAAUAAAUUUGCAACAUUUUCUACAAUUCUGGGUUAUGAGUGUAGAUUAAUAAGAAUAAAAUGUUUUUUUGCGACUGUAGCUUUAGGCUACAACAUGACAAAACUGAAAACUUUUUGAAUGCUCUGUCAUUUUAUAGCUGAAAAAAGUGGUCUGAGGGUUUAGUUACUCUUUAAAGACUAGAAACAUUAAAACAUCCUUGAAAAAAGCACUUCACGCCUAUGUACUUAAACACAAGCCUAUUAAAUAGUUCAAAUUAUCCUUGUACGGUUAAAUGUGUGCUUUAGAAUCACUAGUUAAAAGCCAAUAUGCUGCAUCGGCACUAUUUUUCUCAGUAAAUGUAAGUAGCUUUAUAAAGGUGGUAUAAUGUUAAGAAAAUUUGGCUAAAUCUAAAGGAACAUGAACAUUCAUUUAAUUUGUAGACAUCCUUUAUCUCCAAGCACUUAAAAUUUCAAUUCUAAUUUCUUUUGUUGCUAUGAUUAAUUUUUAAUGUCUUCUUUUCAACAUGGGAAACAAUCAAAAAGCAAACAUUCAAGACUUGUGGAGGUGAAUGAGUUUGUGAUACAACCACUAGGGGGCGUAGGUUUCCAGCUUAUCUCAGACAUUGCCAAGCAUGCCAGUGUGCACUGAAGAACUACUACCUACUGUAGAGCAUCGCCUCAGUUUUUCAUGAAUGGAUCUGUGGAGUGAGGUUAUGGGUUUUCAGUUUUAUUUUUUCAUUUGCUGCUGUGAGUUUGAAGUCGUCGUGGUAAAUUUGAAGAUGCACAACAUGAUUUUGUUUUUAUUUUUGUGGCCUCUGAAUGUGCUGGAUGAUCUCCUGAGAGAACACACAAUAUAUUCCAAUAUUAACACACCUAUUAACUCUCAUAUAGCAAUGGUUUAAGUGUUACAAAGCACAAUGUAUAAAGGAGAAGUAUUAACAUUGUUCAGAUGUCUGUGGAGUCAUGGGUUUAUGUCCUUUUCUUGAAGUAACUGCUCAUCAGUAGAGGUGAGAGGGUGCCUUAUUGUUAAUCUGCAGUGUAAUCCAAGUUGCCUUGAUGUUCAUGAUAUUCAAACAUACAAACUGACCCUUGUGUUGUGCAGUUUCCCCUGAUUAUUAGCAGGAGGACACAGAAAAACUUCUAAAGCAAAGUCUGUCCACUGAUUAUUUAUUGGCCUUCCAUUCAUUUCAUGUGAACAUCUUAGGUACAGGUUGUUCUGAUGAUAAAUGUAGCUGUAGGUGGUGUUACUAACGUGUCGAGGCCAGAAGAGCAAACUCUGCCAACUUUUUGUUCAACUUUGGUCAUGUGCCAGUUUUGAACAAUGUUCUGUAUUGUCAAAUAAAAGAU